GAGCUUGUGAUAUUUGGUUAACGCUUUGGGUCUGUUCUGCAGCUACACCCAUCUCGAGCUCAACGCUGACGACAACCUCAAAAGCUUAUAUUCUACGAUGGGCGUCAGAGCCAGCGUCGUCGUCUGCGUAACGUCUUUUUUACUCGGUUCCCUCUUCACUCAUUGGAUUGCAGACUCUCUAACGCUCUGGAAGUCACCCAUCACAGACGAACAUCUCUGGACAGCUGCACUCUACUACUCAGUCCUCACCAAGGGGCCCAUACAAAUCCUAUAUGUUCUGUCAACCAUCAUCGUGCUGGGCGCAACGACCAUAUUCUGGAGUUUGCGUGAUGGUGAGGCAGGGAACCUAAUGUUUGAUGGAGGAAGUAUAUUCCUAUACGGGUUAUCCGCCAUCGUGUACUUUUUCUCCGUAAUCCCGAACCUGGCUGAAAAAUUCACAUCCAUCCCCGUUCACCAGCUGAAAGAUGCGUUCCCCCGCUCUCUGCGCAAACCAACCAUAGAACUCGCAUCCAAUCACCUUGUUUGCAGUGUCG